UAUAGAAAUUUCUUAUGUUAAGAAAAAUAGUAUAAAAUGAAAAAUUACGUUUAACAAUAUGUUUAUUUGAUCAUGGAUGAAUAUAAUUACAUUUAGAUUACAUUUUAGAUAUUAAUUUUUGAAUUGAAUCACGUCACCUAAUUUUUAACUUAGUGUAUAUUCUUUUGAUUAAUUUUUAUAAAAUAGUGUACAAUGCGUUUAUUACACACGUAUUGUUUAUUUUUUUGUUUUUAUUUUAUAAAACCGUCCGUCAGCAAAAUAUCAAACCAAGAGUUAUGGACAAAUGUAGGGAUAUCAAUACAUUUAACAAAUGAAAAACUCGAGAAAUUAAACGAAGGAACUUUUUAUGACAAGUUUAAUCGAUUUAUUAAACAAGUUUCAUAUAAAACCUUGACACAAAUCUUCUUAAGACAUGGUGUAUCAUAUUUUUCAAAAUUACAUGACGCAGAUAGAUUACUUAAAAUCUAUGAGAUUGGCGAAAAAUAUAUUUACUGGUAUAUUGAAGAGAAUGACAUCGAUACUCAAAAUCAUAAAGACAUAAAUGUAGAAUUUUUUAAUAACGCAGUAAAAAAAAGAAAUGAUAUUAUGAAAAAUUUUUUUAUUGGAUAUUAUCAUAUUAUAAACGACAAACCAUUGUGUGUGGAAGAAAAUGAAAAAUGCAAAAUUAUAGCUCUCAUUAGAUCAUUUGAUGACUCUGUGCAAGACUUUAUAUUUAAUCCAGUUUGUACUAUGGACUUUAUUUGUAAUAUUACACCAAACAAUUAUGAAGCUAUGGCGGCUAAUGACUUUCUAUCUAAAGUGGGAAACGGUCCACUUAAGUUUAAAGAAUCUAUAAAAAAAGAAGAUGAAUCACUAGUUUUAUUACAUUAUGAUGUUGUUGACGGUUAUGUCAAAACUGAUACAAUUUUAAAAAAUACUAAUAUAAAUUAAGAAUUUUUUUAAUCUGUAGUCUUAA